GGCAGGCAGCCGGCCGGCCGGCCGGCCGGCCGUAGGUGGGCUCCGGCUGGAGGCGGCGCGGUCUUGCGGCGCAGGAGGCUGAGGCAGUGAGGAGGAUGCGGCCUGCAGGCCGCGGUGCGGCGCGCCGGGUCGAGCUGGGCCGGACCGAGCCAGACUGGACUGGGCUGGGGGCUGCUGGGGGAAGGAGAGAGGAGGGAAGAAGGAAUGGAGCCGCCGAGGGUGGGGGCAAGCGCGGAGGAGGGGGUUCCGCCGAGCCGGCGGCACGUGGUGGCGCGCCCGGGGAAGGCCAGGCGCAGCCCGCGCAGGCCAGGCGGCUGGGGCAGCUCUCCAGGGACGGCCCCGCAGCGGGCACGGCCGGCUUCCGCGGCACUCGCGCAUCCUGCCGGGUGGCUGAGGCUCCCCCGGCUUGCAGAACAACAUUUCCUGUGAAGGUCUAAGCUAAUGACGUUGUUUGAAUCGACCCAGCAAUUUGGAAGUGGUGUCAUUCUGAAUAGGCUAAAAGACCUAAUUUUUCUGAAGUGUCUGAAAGUGGCGUCAAAUUUGUAGUGAGUGAACUGGUAGUUUGGAUAAUGUACGUUCUCU